AAAUACACAUUUUUCACUUGUUAUCAAACCCAUACGCGACCAAUACACAUUUAAUUUAAAGAUUUGUUUUUCUUGAUAGCGUCAGAGCAUAUGUUUUUCUGCGCUAUUUGCUUGGAAGUACACGUCAGUUUAUUUCCUCAAAACGGAACAUUGUUUAUCACACACAUGCAAAUUGUGUGAGUUUUUUUUUGCGUAGAAGGAAAAGUGUAAUCUGAGUGUCAAAUGUGUAUCUAGUGGGUAGGAUUAUGAAAUUAUUUAAUAAAUUAAUACUCUACCGUUGGUGGCAUAAACAUAAAGAGAUGUGGAAAAUCCAAUGGAAACCAAGAAAUUCGUUUAUCUUCUACUUGAUCAUAUUCAUCAGUGGUGUAAUAUGUUCGUGUGUAGUGUUCAGUAUUUUAAGCUAUAAGGCAAACCGUGCAACUAGGCAUACGAUGACGUAUGAAAAUUACCUACAAGUUAGAGACGACUUCUCCGUUCGAGGUCCACUUUAUGAUGGCAUGGAUAGUGGUGGAGGAGUUAAUCGUGUGAAAAGAAGUAAAACCUCACGUGGGAAGAGCAAACCAGAAGAUCAACAAGAGGCGUUGAGCACACUUAAAGUUGCACUUGAAUUCAAAACAUUGGGAAAGGAUGACAAAGCACUUCGACUGUUUAAACAUGCCCUGGCAUUGGCACCGAAAAAUCCAGAAGUUUUAACCCAGUAUGGUGAAUAUUUAGAGCACAACCGGCGGGACAUUUUAUCGGCGGACCUAAUGUACUUUCAAGCACUAUCCGUGAACCCAGAACACAGUGCGGCUCUGGCUAAUCGUAUGAGGACCGCUACCAUUGUAGAAGAGUUGGAUCAGGAGAGGUUGAAUCGAUUAGAUGCGAAAAGAGAUGCUCUGUCCGGCAUACAUGAAUCGAAUGCCGCGUUGAGACGGGCAAAGAAAGAGGCGUACUUCCAGAAUAUUUAUCAUUCGGUUGGCAUUGAAGGAAAUACCAUGACGCUAGCCCAGACGAGAUCAAUUCUAGAGACACGAAUGGCUAUUAGCGGAAAAUCGAUCGACGAACAUAAUGAAAUUUUGGGCCUUGAUGCUGCCAUGAAAUUCAUCAAUGCCAGCUUAGUCAACCGGAAUGAUGGCAUUACGAUGAAGGACAUCUUGGAGGUUCACAAGCGUGUGUUAGGACAUGUGGAUCCGGUAGAAGGAGGCGAAUUUCGACGAACGCAAGUGUAUGUGGGUGGGCACAUACCGCCUGGACCAGGCGAUUUAGCGGUUUUGAUGAGCAGUUUCGAGGAAUGGUUGAAUUCGGAUCGGGCAUUGUCAAUGCAUCCAGUGAAAUAUGCAGCGCUAGCACAUUACAAACUGGUGCAUAUUCACCCGUUUACCGAUGGUAACGGACGUACGUCAAGGUUACUAAUGAACACAAUUCUGAUGAGAUACGGCUAUCCACCCGUAAUAAUACCCAAGCAAUGGCGACACAAAUACUACGAUUUUUUACAAUUAGCCAACGAAGGUGAUGUACGCCCGUUCGUACGAUUUGUUGCCGAUUGCACCGAUAAAACGCUGGAUCUAUUUUUAUGGGCUACGAGCGAAUUGUCGCAUCAAAUACCUCUAUUAUCGCAGAAUGAGUUCAGUCAUUCGACGAUAAUUGAAGAUAUUGACGAAGAACCGGAAACCGGAAGUGAUACAACCAUGAACGAUGAAUACCUAAGAUUUUAAGAUUAUUUUAUGUGAAAAUUGUACAGUUUUUACGCACAACCAUUCGAAUCUGUGAUCAAUUGUCUACCUGUCAAUUUUUAGUGUGAACAAUGUGUAAGUAGAGUCAGAAAAUCUAAUUUAUUUAUUCAAUCCAAUUGUAACGAUUGUUUGUUAAUUAAAUUAAUUUAGUUUUUUUGUUCAAU